AUGACGUCAUACAAUGGAGGAUGGACCAUGUGUUACACAACUAAUGAAUACGCCAAACCCAAGACUGAGGUCAAGUACAGUGCCACAUUUCCAUAUGGAACGAACGGGUACAGAACGAACUGCAACAACAUCAAAGUAAGUUGAUUAAUUGCUUUGAAUGGCUUAUUGAGUUACCGAUGGAAAAACUGGCAAAAGCUCUGGAAAACAGUUCUGAGUUCUAGGGUCAGUUCUGAAUAUUACUGUAAUCAUCUCACUUGCCAACAAAACAAGCAAUUACAAAAAUGGCAUCAGCAAAUGCAGUUGACCUUAAAAUUUCUUAGUUCAUCAUUAAUAUAGCUUCUUUCUGCCCUUAUUUCGCUGUUGCUUUCUGUUCUAGUUCACAGAAAUCAUGUUUAUCGAUCACCAAACUGGAAGCAAGGCCUACUUCACACAACGUGACCAGACACCAAUAAAAGCCGCUGGUAACUACGGGAAGGGAGGUAAUGGUUAUGGAGUAUUGACGGACGGAGUAGGAGCAAAUGCAAGUAGCAACACACACUUCGUCUACCAGCUGCUCAUCUGUGAUCAUUCUUUCUUUUCGGGCUUCUUCGUUUCCGGUUACACUGAUUGUUACAAAGAGUGUUACAUGUGGUGUGGUGAUGUUAAAUCGCCUUACUUCCGAACAGCCACUACAAAUCCUUCGUACAAUGGUGUGGCUUUCAACGAAAAUGGUCACCGACCCCUCAGCAACAGGCUGAUUAGUGUCGGGUUGCGUUAAGAUAUCGUCGUCGCCGUUUACUUGGUUUAAGUUAAUUCUUAAUAAGUAGUUUCUUAGAAAUCGAUUUUGAGAUAAAUAUUAGCGAUAAAAAAUCACGACGUUUCGACCUCUCCGAGGUCAUUUUCAAGUGUAUAAAAGUUCUCUAAAUUAGCAUAAAUAAGUUAAAAACAAGUUAUGAUAGAUAAAAAUGUGGUGAACGCUAAAAUGUGGUAAAAUAUGUAAAAAUGUAAAAAGUGCUAAAAAUAUUUAUAAAGUAAAAAAAAAACAAUGGAAAUAAAACAAUGUUAACAAGAACUACUCUAAACAAAUAAUUUGGCGCGAAAAGAAUCGCACUGUUUGUUAAGCGUCGGUUUCAGUUCUUGGAUAAAAAAUAUUUCAAAAAUAAGACAGUCAGAUUUGUUCUGACACUUUCUUAAGAUUCUAAAACUUUGUGCGAUGUCUUCAGGCUCCAUAUCAUGCUGCUCUCUGAGGUAGUUUCCGAUUGCCGAUCCUUUGUGUUCUUCAAUUCGUUGGUGUAGGUGUCGGCACGUGUAGCCGACAUAGCCUGCAUCACACAGGCUACACUGGAAAGAAUACACCAUGCAUUGUUGACUCACAAGAGGCGGCUUGUCUUCCUUGACCUUAAUUUCAUCUUUGAUCUUCCUACUUGUGUAAACUGGGCUGACAAACUGGCUGGACUAAGUUAAUUCUCUAAGCGAAUUUGGACUAACGCUAUUUUUUCUUGGUGAUUCAACUGUACCUUCCUCGUGCUACAGAAGCCCGGAUGAAGCUCAGGCCACGUGGAAUAGACCUCCUUGGUUUUUGUGCGCUUUUACCUCAUUGUUUCAAAUAGGACGUUUUUUUAGCCCAAUGAAGCGUAGCGUGGCAGUCGACUGAGAGAUUAUUCCUGAUUGUUUACGUAACCUUAGACGGGUCAGACCACGGUGGAUAGUAAGCCCGCCCUGGGUUAGAAACUGGUGAAGUUAACACUAUUUCUGACUGUUGCAGCUUUCAACCUGCAGUUUUAUCCGUGUAUAAAUUCAUUUCAUUUGUUACCAAGAAUGAAAAACGAAAGUUCUUAAAGGGAUUAUGUCACCAGAACGUUGCUGUUUUAGGUCAAUUCUGAGUUGAAAUCGUUACUUAGGCCCAUUUCAAACGUCGAUCUUUUCAUUUGCCGAUUUUAAUACCUAUUACUAUUCAUUCAAAAUAUUUCUCCCUUUCUGAUUGGCUAAGAGCACAUCCAUAAACAGCUACUGUUGACCAAAUUUGAAAGAACUUUUCGAUUAAUCAACCGAAGACGUCAAAAGUGCAGCACUGUUGCAGGUUAAUGCAACGUUAAACGAGAAGACCUGGGAACGAGGUUGAGUUGUUUUGGUCGUGAAAAAAAAAAAUGGCCGAACAGUCGGCGGAACAUUUUAUUAGUUUCACGACAAACUAUUUUCUAAAAACAUAGCAAGAAGACGACUCGACGGAGAACAUCUGCUUUUUGGAGCUGAAUAGCCCUUUAUCUUUUAAACAGGUACUAUCGAGGUGAACUUAACAUCGACGAAGGUAAGCAUGUUUUAGCUUGUUUUAAACUAGGAAUUAUUUGAAAUGACCAAUAAAGCAAUUAAUGAAUUCGGCUUUCGUAGGAUAUUUAACAAUUACUCCUCAAUCCCGAAUGGGCUUUGAGUCAAUAGCUAUUGAUUCAGAGGCCAUGAGGUCGAGAGGAAUAAUUGUUUUAGUAAAAUCCAACUAGUUAGUCAAAAAUAUCGAGACAAAACAACUUUAGCUAGUUAAAGCUAAACUUUAAUCCUUUUUUGCCGCCAAAAUCCGCCGCUUUUUGCUACUAGUGGGCUAUAACUUAUAGCCUAGUAGUAGACCACUAACUGAAUUUUACUAAAAAGAAUUAUGCAGAUCUCGGAGGGUGUUAUCCACCGAGGCCGAACAUCCUCCUUAAUCUGCAUAAUUCUUCAUAUCCUACGAAAGCCGAAUUCACUAAUUGCUAAUUUAGGUCGACCCAAAUGAUAUAAGUUCGACAGUUGAUUCAGACGUCGAACUUACUUAGUCGGACUCAAUUCAUUUUCACGAUGUUUAAUGGUCUAAUAUAAAAUGCUCACAAGUGAAAAUAAAAAUUUUAGCGGGGCUCCACUUGCGCGCAAGCGUAGCCCCAUACCUAAGAAAAUGUGGUAAUCUACCCAUUCGAGAAAUUUUGGUAAUCACGUGACCGUCUUCCCGUCCGCCCGUCCGUCCGCACCACAGGAAUACCAACGUAAAAUAACUCAAAUAACAGGUAUGGCAACCCAAAUGCAACUUGAGGUUAUUUUGGCGUGAAAUCGCAUAGCCACCCGGGUCUUGUGAACAGUGAAAAAGAGAAAGUGGGCGGCACGCCAGCGAAGCUCAAGGAGAGAAAAAGGGCGACAGAGAGUUAGAGCGAGAGAUAAAAACAAAGGAGUCAUUUUUUGUUGGAAGAACAACAUGAACAUUUUGUAGCGGCGGUGAAAGUGAGAAAUUGUUGCGGCCACCAAGGUGAAAAUGAGCAGCAGUGAAAAAAAGUGAACAAGAACACGUACGACAUUUCCUUCAUAAAACGUGUAACUAGGAAGUUUCUGGAAGUUUUACGUUGUAGUCUUCCAAAACAACGGCAAAGAAAUGUACAAAAAAGCGUGUUCAAGUGCAAAGUUGCUUUUUUGCUAAUUAGACCUAUUUUUGUUUUUUCACCGUUCUCGUUGCCUUCGCCGCUCAGCAUUACACAAUUUUAUAUUUUGUUCGAGCAAACUAAAAAUAUUAUCGAGCCUUCCGGCGCUUUUAGCCCUGGCUAAAUAAAUAUAUUAGUAAUUUAUACAUUAGGUUCGUCACAUGAGAAGUUCGACGUUUUAAACGAUGUCGCCCCACAGUCGAAAUUCCUAUGUGGGUCACUAAAUCAUAAUUUAUGGGUCGAACCAAAUAAGAUUUGAAGCGUCGAUCUUUUUAUGUAGUUAAUUGAAACAACUAAAUCCCCCCGCUAAUUCUUCAAAACCAGUAGAAGGUCAUGCACCAAAUUUGGAAGAUGAGAGAACUUUACCAUCGACAUGGUGGUAUAUUGCCCCAAUACACAAUCGCGACCUUGAUUCCAGUUUAUCAACGCACGGGUACUCAGCAAAUAUCUGUACACAGGCGAACCACACUCUGUUCGUGAGGCCUUUAAUUAGAAAGGGUAAACAUAAGGGCGGUUCCAGUUUCCUCCAACAUAAUGUUUUGAGUGUUCCAAUAAAAGUUAAAACGAAAUAUUGAGUCACUUAUCACGUUUUAUUUUCUACGUCCCGAGCUGUUUAUAUUAAGACGUCACUUUGUUAAAAUAGUUUUCGCGCAAACUAAACGACUCACUGUUUCUCUGCAGAACAGGAAUUGGACGAAAAAUAUUGUUAAAAUGAUUCUCAAAAAUCAGAGCCACGAACAGCCAAAGAAAUCGCAGAACCUCGCUCUUUCAGGGACCGUCGACAAAGAGAGUUGACAUGUACUACUGUCUACAUCUAAGACAUCGCUACCUUUCCAAAACGUUUCAUUCAGUAUUAGGGGGCUUAGGCAACGACAACGGCAACUGCAGCGAAAAUGUUACGCAAAAUGUGAAUUCACGAUGUUUCAAACUUCACCGCUCUUAGUAACGCUAAGGGAAACUGUAACGUCUUCCUAAAACUCACAAAAAAAAGUACCUUGUGUGAGAGGUUUGGCUGUUAGAAGCUCCCUCCGCGCCAUUCUAUCACAGAUCACUAUGACUAUGGGUUGAGAUUACCCUUGGGCGUUUAGAUUUUAGUGACGCAGGCUUUUGUGUAUGCGGCUGAAAGAAGAUUGAAGACAUGAAGGAUACGUCACAGCUUAUAGCCUGCGUCUCAGGCGUAAUUUAACAUCGGUUACUAACGUCGGCGAAGCAGCGCCCCUUUUUCUGUGCCCCCAACGGACUCAACGAAUUACACGAAGUGUGUUUCGAGUUUCGUUUCAUACUGACUGGCAAAUCGACAAUGGCUUUUUCAACAGGCCAAUCAUGGCUCGUAUUCAAAUCCUGGGACAGAGGUAAGGGUUAGGAACAAGGAUUUCGGCGCUGUUUCGCAAACGGACUUGACCAGAGUUCCGUAUUGUCUGUGGCGCAGGCUACACAGCUUACUGUAAUCGAAUGGAGAACAAUUCGCUUUUUGUUUAUUUCUGUAAAGACAUAAACGAUAGACAUAAAAGGUAAAUGAAGCUCAUUGUCAUCACAUAAAUUAGACCCCAAUCAAGUUGAAGUGAUUCAGUUUUGUUCUUGACUAACAGGUGGAGACGUUGUGGCCGAGUGGUUAUUAAAUGGCUCCUCGAACUUCGGAUCUGUAGGUCCGGCAUCAAGUGUCACGUUGUUCACUUAGACAAGAAACUUAGCUUCUCUAUGUUUCUUGGGGUACGCAACCCUGCGAUGGACUAGCGUCCCGCCCGAGGGGGAAUAGCAAUUCUCCUAGGUGCCUCAUGUUACUGUGACCGGAUUAUAAGCUCCGACCGUGUGAGCCUUGGCUGGUGUGCGUCUUAACCUUAUACCAUUACUAACAGAACGCUUUUUAAGCCCUAUGACUGGGAAGCCUGAGAGUUGACUGAGAGGUUAUCCCUGUUUGAUUUCAUAACCCUAGACGGGUUAAAUGAGCCUGAGAGUAGGCUCGCUUGAGCAAUUCAGGGAAAAAUUUGGCGACGAAAUUGCCAACGGCACGAGCCGGCAAAGCCAGCAAAAAGAAUGGGAGAGGAAAAGUACGCCAAAUAGGAGCCUCUCAUUUUUCAUCUUUAUUUGUUGGCUUCACACUAGAAGCCAAGUUUUUUUUUGUUUCAAGUUGGCACUUGGAAAUCUUAAGUCGCUCUGUAGGAAACAUGACUUCAAACGUUUUGACAAAGUAGAGUGCUUGAAGUAAAAGCCGCCAAUCCUCUUUCACCAUAAAAUACUCCUACUGAGCUACAACGUGAGGCCUUUGCGCUGGAAAAGAGAUUUUUUGUAGUCAUUUCGUAUUUAUUGUUUCAUUUCUUUGAACUCAAAGGGCCGUUUAUUUAAACCAAGUCUGGACAGCGUUUAUGAAAGUCAUCGUCUAGCCCGUACUGUAAACUAUGAAAACCGAUUAUUUAAACGCUGUUCUUCCGUAACCUUGUUUAGACCGCGUCUCAGCACCGACUUAGGAACAAUAGAAAGUCAAACUUGCUCACAGGUAGGUCUAAACCUUGUUUAACAUGUUUUUCAUGGCCAUCCAUUUUGAAAUGACCUAAAAUAGACGGACUACUGCUCAACAGACAGAGAGACUACCCCAAUCGACGUAAAAUGCCUGUUCAACAAAUUCCGCACCAUAGGGACGGAUUUUACCCCAAGAGGAAUAUGAUGACGAAGCCGGGAUUUUCGAUUGCUUUUUCGCCUCAGAAAGGACUCGGUCACUCACCUUUUAAAAAUUUUGAAUUAAGAUCUUUCAACAAGGAGAAGUCUGCCGCUUACAACGUUGCUGCAUUAAGGUGGCUCCGUCAUUAAUACAGGAGCAUAGAGCUAUGACUGACUUUCCAUUUAUCUCGAGAAUCUCAUUUUUAAAAAAAAUAUCUAGCAGUUUCAAAAUUAUUCGCUCAUUUGUUAAAGUAGAUCAAAAUAUUUUAAAAAACGCCGAAAAGAGCACCUCAAUGUAUGAUAUUCAAAUCCCUCUUUCUUGCGAUCGGCUAAAGCUAUCCCCAUGGUUCUUUCAAAUAUGUUUAAAUGUGAAUAAAACUACCCUGAGGCAAAAUUGCGUUUCAAAAGCGCUUCGUUUCCUAAAGAUGACGGCCGAACAUCAAGAUUGUCCACCGUAACUGUACACUGAAGUUCCAACCAUUAAAAUUUCAUAUCUCCAUGACGGUCUCAUAGACUUCGCUCAAACUUCGCUAACAUCGAGGCACCUAUUGCAGAAAAAAGUUCCCAUGACCGAUUUUGGAAAAAUAGUUCUCAAUGCCGAGAUAUAUGACUACACGUAAAUUAGGUAAUGGCGUCAUUUCGUUGCAAUGACAAUUCUGAUUUCAUUUCAACCCUGAUCAUAACAAAUUUUCAUCUUUAUCUAAUACAGCUGAGGAGGUAAUUUUUCCAGUCUUUAUCGACAGCGACGUAGUCAUGCUCAAGCUUGAAAGGUAUUGGUCCUGAAAAACCCCAUCGAGCCACCUUAACUAAUUCUUAUACACGAAAAUAAUAUCAGGCAGCUGCUUAUAAUAAACACCAAACAGCGAUUGGUUAAAAAAUAACUUACAUACGGUAUCAUUACAAGCAACCUGCGGUAUAUAAAAAAAUAUUUAGACACGACCAGUGCUUACAGCUGCUUAUAUUUUUAAAACGUUUAAACGUUGUAUUCGAGUGAGAAGUGAGGGAGAACUAGGAUGGUCUAAUCUGGUCAUUUUGAGUUUUUUGNUUAGGUAAUGGCGUCAUUUCGUUGCAAUGACAAUUCUGAUUUCAUUUCAACCCUGAUCAUAACAAAUUUUCAUCUUUAUCUAAUACAGCUGAGGAGGUAAUUUUUCCAGUCUUUAUCGACAGCGACGUAGUCAUGCUCAAGCUUGAAAGGUAUUGGUCCUGAAAAACCCCAUCGAGCCACCUUAACUAAUUCUUAUACACGAAAAUAAUAUCAGGCAGCUGCUUAUAAUAAACACCAAACAGCGAUUGGUUAAAAAAUAACUUACAUACGGUAUCAUUACAAGCAACCUGCGGUAUAUAAAAAAAUAUUUAGACACGACCAGUGCUUACAGCUGCUUAUAUUUUUAAAACGUUUAAACGUUGUAUUCGAGUGAGAAGUGAGGGAGAACUAGGAUGGUCUAAUCUGGUCAUUUUGAGUUUUUUGUAUCUCUUUUGUUUUUAGCUUUGACCGGUAAGUGUUGAGUUCUUAAUACUGUUCUUGUUUUCUCUAACCACGCGUGGUUGGGAAAAUGUCAUGAUAAACGUUGGAAUUAUCUAUAGUUUAGAAAAUAACGGCGAAAUUACGGAAACCUUACAUAUGACUCCCUCUCGGCUGUAAAAACUUCCCCUUGUUUGACCCAUCUAAUACUUUUCAAAGUUGAGUACCGAAUUAUAAUUUUUUUAAAUCUAUAUGCAGAAUGUGAUCAUGAAUAAAGUUCAGAACUUCACAAACAGACAGCACAGCCAAACAUAACUUAGGAAAACCUCAACCUCUUGCUGCAAACUCUACAAAUAAACUGUACUCGAUCAGUUUUUUGUCGAACUUAAUCAGUUUUUUCGCAGGAGCAGAAAUAUGUGAUGGGCGUUUUUGAGAAUUAACACUUGAACAGCUGAAAGUACAAUAUCAGUAAUAGCCCCGGGAAGCAUAUGAAAAUCUCAACUUUUAUUUUUAUGUUUACUGAUAAACUGAACUGAGUUUGCCCCAAAUAUAUCGCGAAAUACAAGUCUUUGAGUUGAUUUAAUCUUUGAAUAUGACAUGGAUUGCGUUUAUUAAACGGAAAAAUUACUUAAACGACAACCACAGUGAAGCGUUGCUUGCAAUUUUCGCUCCAUUUUAAGAAAUGAGAAUUAUACACCUCUAUUUAUUUGCCUUCAAUUUCUUUCUAUUAAAGUUUCCGCACAUUGCUUUCGUUUAAGCCUAUGUACGUUUGUCACCUAGCACAUCUGGGUAUUCAGAGAUAAUUUGCGCUGUCAGUAAGCUUAUUAUGUACAUCAUUGACUGAAGUUUAUUUUUGUGAGGUCUCUUUUAUGUUAAUUUAAUAUUGGCAUCAAAAAUUUAGUCAUCUCUCAUUACAUACUACCUUUUCUUUUAAAAAAAGAAAGAAAGAAGAGAGAAAAGUGGUGGUAAAGCCAAUGAUCAUGACGGGACAAUUCAUAUAUUUUUACUAAAGCCAUUAUUGAGUUCUCGUCAUGUGGCGUAAACCGUUUUGCAGGCGGUAUUUCGAUGACAGCUUAACUCUGUUGCCAGGUGCGUAGCCAACUUUUCGACUCGAGUUUGCAGGCCUGUGUGGCUGGCUUUCAUUUCCACAUAUGCUGAAAUUUGCACGCAUGACUUCACCAACACUUUAAGCUCUUAAGCUUUUUAGCUCGCCCCAACAACGCAUAGUGUAUUACAAGCGGAAGAGUGAUCAAAACAAAAAUUUGUAGUCCCUGGGUCUAUGGGCUGGCUACGGCCUUGGUUGCCAGCAACUGCAUCUUUUUACAGUCCUCGGUUAUUAACUGAAAGUGCAUUAAGAUAUGUCACUCCAAGAAAGAGUCACAUAUUAAAAACAACGUCAAAAAAUAACGGUGUAGUUAUUAGCAAUCAAUCGAAAUGCAUCGUGGUAACCAAUGGCCCCUACCUCCCUGGGCAUUUGUUAUCUUUUCGGCCGAAACAAUUAGCUGCAAAUGCCCACGAUGAGACCAGCAGAUCUGUUAUAAUAACGCCCAUUUUGGGCUUGAAAAUGUGAACAAAUGCCCUACCUUCUGGGAGACAAAACAAAAAUCUUGCCUGUGAAAGAGGCUGUAAAACCUCAAAUCCACGAAGUGAAUAUAAUGAACGCACCAGUAUUAACUGUCACAAAUACAACCCAGGCAACAACAUCUGAGUGCUUAAUGAAAAUAAACUGUAUUUUAUUCAUAAAAUAUCGGUGGCCUGAGCGCUUUCAUUUCGAAACAAUGUCGCAACAAUGUUGCAACGCUGUGCAGUUCUGCAGACUGUGAAGAUGUCUUUUUUCAGAUAGGGUCAUUUUUUAUACAAACCUUCCAUGCAAUCUUUGAAACAGUGACACUUUCUAUAAAAAUUCUUCGCAAAGCUUUCCAAACUGAGCCCCGCCCGCCGAAGUUUUUUCUCCACAGUAGAUUGCUCGCCUUUCCAGAAUGUCUACAAUAGUUGUUCUUACUCCGUCCAUUGGCCAGUUCGGUAAGAGCAGCAAUAUUACAAUAAAACCCCUAAGAGUUAUGAGUGACAACAUCUUUCUUGAAACAGCUGUGGUUACGUACUCAUAAUACGAAAUAGUUUUCCUUUUUGGAAAGUGGUGGAAAUUACGAAAUUCGACAAUGACAAAUUCGUUCCCAAUGCCCCAGGGGAUGGGUACAUUUGGAAUUGACUGAGUCACUACGCAUUCUGUACAAUUUACAGAUAGUGCAUAACAAUUUGCCUAUAUUUUUUGUGCGGUCACGCCUUCUGUUGGCCUUAUCACAAAAGCUGACAACUUUGUGUAGCCUGUAAAUAGAAAAUUAUGUUCCAUGAGCUAUAAAUUCCGACGAAAAAGUUUCAAUUUUACAGAUUUGACGCUUUUAUUGUCUCUUUAACUAAAAAUAUUGCAAUUUUUUGUGCGUUAAAAACAAAAAUAUUAUUUCAUUCACCUCAAUCUCUUGCAAAAAAAUUUUAAAUUUCAAAUUUUUCUGUGACUUCCAAAAGUUUUAUUUUUUUAAGAAUUUUGGUUUUACUGGAACCCCCACCUGUCCCCCCCCCCCCCCCCCCCCCAACCCAACAUUUUGCGCCAAGUGAGACGCAAAUGUUAACGUUGAGUUAGGGGAGGUGGUAGGUGGGCAGUUUCCCAAAUUUCACCAGCGCACAUUUAAACAUGAUUUUAAGCAAAGACAAACAACAAUUUUUUGACAUUAAAGUGGAGAAAGCUUCUUAUUUGCACCAAGGCGCAAUGUCACCCCAUGCAAGGGAAUCCAAGACAGUCAUGAUUGGAUUCUAAAUUCCUCGCAGUGGAUUCCACAUUCCAGGUAGUGGAUUCCUGACCUUGUAAAAGGAAUUCAAAUUCCCGAUUCCAAUCUUUAAUGGCAUUCCUUGAGCUGUUUUAUGGAUUCCAAAAAGCCCACGACUCCGGAUUCCAAAAGUGGCAAAAAUUUGCCGGAUUUCGGGAUGCGGAUUCCCCUUGCAUGGGGCGAGGUAAGACAGACGUGAAUAGACAGAUAUAUCAAGCAAAAUCAGGUGCUUAUAGCCUAACCUCUCUUACGUGGUCACGCUUGUGCACCUGCACAGCGCCGACAAUCAGUAUUAGCCCGCGAGCAAGCUCUCCUAGGUUUCCUGGGUAAUCAGUAUUAAUAAUAGCCAUUUUCAGGUGAAUGUCGUAAAUUGAAGUUCCCUGCUUCUUUCUCCUUCACUGAUAAACUUCUCAAAGGCCACACGAUUAGAACAAGCCAAGUCCUGGACAUAGAUAUCUGUGAACUGCUGUGCUACCAGGAACCUUACUGUGUUAGCAUUAAUUUUAAAUACGAAGUGCGCUCGGGAGCAGGAGGCAGCUACAACUGUGAAUUAAACAAUUCAACUCAUCUGGGACACGAUCAGGAUUUCGUGAACGCAAAAGGAUACAUUUAUCGUGGAGCAGAGGUAAGCAGUUAUGAAGUUCCUCUAAAACGGAACGAAGGAAUAUCUGCAGUGAUGUCUAUGCCCUUUUCGGAUUGUAGCGGAGCUCUCACGCACGCGAAGCGCGCGCAGCGGAGCACCGUGGGUAAGAAAAUAUGGUAAUCUACCCAUCUGAGAAAUUUUGGUAAUCACGGGACCGUACGCCCGCCUGCCCGGCCGACCGUCCGUCAUCACCACAGGCAUACCAAUAUAAAAUAACUCAAUCAACAGGUAUGGCCACCCAAAUGCAACUCGUAUGCAUAGCCACCCACGUCUUGUAAAGCAGAGACAACUAAAGAGGCAAUAAAGACGAAAACGGAAAGCGGGAAUUGUUUCUGUUUCCGUGUUUUCUAAAGUACUCAAAUUUUCAUGUCCACAAAUUUGGAAUGUAGAGCAAGGGAAAGACAAAGAAAAGAGAACAAUUAGGCGGCAGGCCAGCGAAGCUCAUCAAGAAAAAGGGCGACAGAAAUCUAGAGCGAGAGAUAAAAACAAAGGAGACAUUUUUUGUUGGAGGAGCAACGAUAAUUUUGUAGCGGCGGUGAGAAAAUGAGAAAUGCUAGCGGCCACCAAUGCAAGGUGAAAAUGAGUGGCAGUGAAAAAAAGGUGAACGACAACACGUAGGACAUUUCCUCCAUAAAACGUGUAACUAGGAAGUUUCUGGAAGUUUCACGUUGUAGUCGUGCAAAACAAAGGCAAAGAAAUGUACAAAAAAAAGUGUACGGCACCGGCGUGCAAACUUGCUUUUUUGCUAAUUAGACCUAUUGUUGUUUUUUUUUUCACCGUUCUCCAGCGUUGCCUUCGCCACUUAGCAUUACACGAUUUUAUACUUUGUUUCAAAAAAGUAGAAAUAUUAUUAAGAGCUUCGCUUUUAGCCCUGGCUAAAUCUGUAUACUGUAUUAAAAUUGGAAUAAGAAUUAGAAUUAGAAAGUUGGCAGCAUGGCUGAGUGGUCAGCACACCAGAUUAACAAAACAAUCCGUUAUUUACCCUCGGUAGUAUUUAUAGCCUUAACGCUAGUGGGGCUAAGCAAUUGCCUUAGACAAAUCAUUUCAAAUCAAACGUAAUAGGGUUAAGAAACCCAACUGGCCGGAGUCAAGCUAGUCUGCUACACAGCCGUUUUUAGUGUCGUCACGCAACGCUCCGACGACACUAAAAACGGCUGAUUAGCAGACUAGAGUCAAGCUAGCUAGCUAGUAACAAGUGUGGUCCAGGAUUUGAACUCGGAACCACCGAGAACCGUGAGUCCAGCAAGCAGUCAGGCGGGACUUGAACCUGACUUUGUUCUUCUUUCAGUUCUUUGGGUUCUUAUAAUUUCAAAUUAUUUUCUUCUACUAAAAAACUUAUAGUAUUUCCUUUUAUCUAAAGAGUGCUUGUGAUAAAGCUCCUUGUGAGAACGGUGGAACAUGCCAAGCUGGAUUUACAGAAAAAGGAUUCCGUUGUUUGUGCCCGGCUCAUGUCAUUGGUAUACGUUGUGAACACGGUAGGGAACGUUUAAACUGUUUUUCGUAAUAUCAGCCUAGGAAAUGUUAACUUUUCCUAACCCACCUGAAUUUUUGGGUUAGGCCAGGGUAGCUCGAAAUGUAACUGAAGCCAAGGUUUAAAGCUUAAAAUUUCAAGCAAAACGCUCCUUUCUAUAUGAGAGUGCCGAGCCUAAACUGAGACAACCAGUUAUGCUUACACAACAUGACAGUCCAAAAAGGUCAGUGAGACAGUAAAGCUAAUGACUCACCAACUGUUAGUUUAAAUUUAAACCCUGGGUCUGGUCGGCACUAGCCGGUCUUUGAGAAGCGGUGUCCAAGUGAGCCUCCCACGCAGACCUCCUUUUUGCUCGUCACUGGCGUAAUCCUCCCCCUCUGCGGGGGAGGCUAUGUCCAGGUCAAUGACUACAACUCAAUAUCUCAUUCUGGAAGGGUGCAAGUUAAUUUCGCGACAUAUGGGUUUGUGUAAUCUUAAAUUAGCGAAGCCAAGAUAUAACCUUUAAACAUUUUUAUAAACCGUUAGAAUUAACUAAAGGUUACGGAGUGCGGGCUAGAACGAUCAAAGGGCAAAACGCUUUUGCUCCAUCGCUGUGCUUUGCGUAAGUUUCACGUGACAGAUAGUCAAAACAUGCGUGAUGAGAUUACAAGUGAUAGAAGGUGCAAACGCGUGAGAUCAAAUUGCGUUCUGUGCAUUCCCUUAGUGGAAGUCCAAACGAAUGCUGGCUACAUACAUGUGACGCAUGCGUAUUAACAACCUGGAGAUAAGGAUUGCGGUUUCCCCUUGUCGCCCGCAAUUAAAUUCUCAGCUGUUUUCUGUGAAUUCCUUAGGGACCGAUUAUAUUUUUCAUGUUAAUGGCAUACUAAGGAGAAAAUGUCCAUACGGUGUUUAGUUGCUGGAUUGAAAUUUCAUCACCUUAUUUACAGUGAUAGAAGUCAGUUGCAGGGAUAUAAAAAUGAAAGGUCAUUCUAAGGGAGACGGUAUGUACUGGUUAGACCCUGAUGGUGGAAGCCAUUCAAACGCGUUCCUAGCUUACUGUGACAUGAAGUCAUACAAUGGAGGAUGGACCAUGUGUUACACUACCGAUGAAUACGCCAAACCCAGGACUGAGGUCAAGUAUAAUGCCACAUUUCCAUAUGGAACUGACGGGUACAGAACAAACUGCAACAACAUCAAAGUAAGUUGAUUAAUUGCUUUAAAUGGCUUUAAUGAGUUACCGAUGGACCAACUGGCAAAGUUGUGGAAAACAGUUCUGACAAUUAGUGUAAUCAUCUUGCCAAUCAAAACAAGCAAUUCCAAAAAAUGCAGGUGAACUUAAAAUUUCUUAGAAUAUCAUAGCUUCAUUCUCCCCUUAUUUCGCUGUGGCUUUUCGUUCUAGUUCACAGAAAUCAUUUUUAUUGACCACCAAACUGGAAGGAAGGCCUACUUCACACGACGUAGCCAGACACGAAUAACAGCCGCUGACAACUACAGAUAUAACAACGGCAGAGUCUAUGGACUGUGGGACGGAGUUUUGCCGGACGGAUUAGAAGCAAGUAACUACCACUCCUACCAGCUGCUUAUCUGUGAUAAUUAUUUCUUUUCGGGCUUCUUCGUUUCCGCUUAUACUAAUUCUUGUUACAAGCAAUGUCACUCGUGGUGUGGUGAUACAACAUCGCGUUACUUCCGUACAGCCUCCACAAAUCCUGGGUACAAGGGUGUGGCCUUCAACGAAAAUGGUCACCGACCCCUCAGCAACAGGCUGAUUAGUGUCGGGUUGCGUUAA